UUGCGAUAAUUAACCACAAUACAGACUUAAAUCUAAGCCCCGAUUUCAAAAAGUCAAGUUAAUUAGGUAGGUAGUCACGUGGUACAGUGACUUCACAUGCGCCCUUCGGAUUGUGACAGUACUGCGAGAUAUUAUUAAAAACUCAACUUUUAGGGGCCUAAUUAAUUUACCAUGGGCAACAUUUAAAUCGAUGUUGAUAAAUUGUCCGAGUUUUAUAUGUGUUCACCACCAGUGAACACAUAUAACGAUGUAAAUACCCAAAUAUAGCGAGUAAAGCGUGUAUGAAAUCGGCAAAAUUGUGAGUAAAUAAUGUUUAUAUGGGUCGCUGUCUACAAACUGUUUGGGGAUGUUAUUCCUUUAUACAUCUGUAAUUGGCGCUGUUUUUCUAAAAUAAACAGUGCAAUCAUUAUUUAUUUUUGGAUUACACAAAUUAUGAUACGUUAAAGUGUUGACAACUAGGCCCUAUGCCAAGCUAUUGUCACGCGCGCAUUUCGGAAAGAAAGAAAAAGACAACACACACACAAAUCAAUAAAAAUAUUCAAAUUUAAAGUGGUAAUCACAUUAUUUUAUUUUGAUAAAGCAAUCUUAUUACUAUUUUUGAAUUGUGAUCUGCACGUCUUUAGGAAGUACGAAGUGGGAGCACGGCGUUAUAUAGCCUACUGACGCACUCAAGAUGCUACGAGUUCAAUAAAGAAAUAAUUUUAUAAUUCAAUUUAAAGUUAGGAAAUACAAUAUUCUAUUAUUUGUAUAAUUAAAAGUUCAAUUAUUUUGUAUAGAUCUUUAUUUGUUGUUGUUGUAAAUCUACCAGUUGGUAGAAGUUACAUUGUAUCGUCGAUAUAUGUUGUUACAAGGUGAAGGUCAGUUGAUCCGAGUGUGUAUUGAAUUUGAAGAGCAAAACAGAAUGUAUGCUAUAGGCCUACCAGUGCUUAUAGCUUCGAUAUAUCCAUUUUCUCGCAGUUUAUCAGGGUCUCUGUCCAAGCGAUGUUUGAAAAGGUGACUGGGUGUGUUUUUAAAGGUAAAGUUCUUGCUCCAACAAAAAAAUUAUCCCCGUCUUUUUUCUCGUACCUUCCUUCGAAAAAUACUCAGUCUAAAUCCUUUCUAUCGACAACUAGUACACCCGAGCACGGCACAAAACAUCUUAAUGCAUUAUUAUUUACAAGCCGUUAACGUUACAAUUGGUUUUUUGUCGAUUAAAUCUAAUCUGUUUAUGAAAUGGCUAAUAGAUGUUUUCAAACCCGAGGGCGCAUAUGACGUCACACAAAAUGGCGCGUAAACUAGCGAAAGAAAAUAUGCAUAUCGCAAGAUUUGAAUUUCAUCGCUUUCAAACUCGAAAACUACGCAAAAUAUUUCAUUUAAAACACAUUUAAAGUAGUUUUAGGCAUAAAAAGAGUUAAUUUUGCUGAAAAAAUGAAAAAGUUUAGAAACAUGCGUUGUGUCCUUUAAUAAACCUGAACUUUUACUUAUUCAACGUGAUAAGAUACAAUACAUGAGUGAAAUCAGUGUCACAUCAAAGUCAUAUUGAUUGAUUGUAUCUUGCUUAACGUCUCGCUCGAGAAUUUUUCACUCAUAUGGAGACAACACCAAGACCGGUGAAGGUCUUCAAAUUUAGGCCUAUGCUUAGCGCUUACGGCCGUUGAGCAGUGAGGGUUCUUUAGCGUGCCACACCUACUGUGACGUGGGUCAUCUGUUUUUAAGGUCAUCUCCGAGGACCCGUGACUUUCACACCUGAUGCCGAACGUUUGGCGAUGGAACUGUCACUACCUGAAUUAACGACUUAGGUCUAUCGCGGCCGGGAUACGAACCCCGGCCUUCCGCAUGCCCUUCCGCAUGCGGGGCGAACGCUCUAACCUCUCGGCCACCGUGGCAGUCAUAUUGAAGGUCAAACUAUCAUAGAACUAGGAUAAGUAAGAUUACAAAAGGAAAGUGGACAUAAGAGAUCUUUGGUGAUUUUUUUAACAAACAAAAUGUUCCUUUACAAUUACUUGAUUACAGGUUGAAGAUGAAACAAAGGCAAAAAAUGCAUUUGCACAAAAGGCAUGGCGAGAACGGUUAAAAACAGAUCCAGAAAAGUACAAGCAGUUUCGAAAAGCUGACAGUGAGAGAGUAAAAGCAAUCAGACACAACCUUACUGAUGAAUAGAGAAAACAAUAUAAUGAACGAACUCGACUAAGAAUGAUAAAGUACAGACAGAAAAAGAAAGAAGAAGGAAUGAAAGAAUCAAAGAGAUCAGUAACAAGAGCCACAUGUGAAAAACAACGCAAGAAAUGGAGAAGAAAAGAGACAACAGAGGGAGGCAAUGAGUUCGCAAAAAAGGAGACGUAUCAAUGAAAGACGCAGAAAACGUUAUGCUGAGAUCAUACAGUAAAUUCGUAAAAUGCCGACCUACAAAUGUGAAACCUGCAGCUUAUACAAAGUAUAACCAGUGUCUUUGUGAAUACUGUACAAAUGUUGAUUUGAAAAUCAGUAGUUUAGUGCGAUUUUGCUCCGCUCACCAUAUUGAACCGGUUUGUAAAGACAAAUACGAAGCUUCUCGAUUAACUCUUUGUCCAAAGGAAGGAGAAUAUUACAGAAAGGAAUGCAUAGAUAGAAAAUGUGAAGAAUGUGGAGUUUCUAAUCUCGCCAAGACAACAAAAGCAGUAGAAGUUCUCAGGCAACAUGGCUUAUCUGACAUAAGAUGGCAGUCUUCGGUAAUGGAUGAAAUCACCAAAAUCGUAAAAGGUAAAGAGGUAAAAAAGACACAAAUGACACAAAAGGUCCACACAACUACGGUACAGGAAUUGGUUGAAGAGCUGACAAAUUCUAUGAAGGAAUUUUCUAAGCACCUUUUCAAUGCACAGUGGCAAGCAAGACAGCUUGAAGCAUUAAAGGUCAGUAUUCCACAUAAAUGGGUAUUGCUGUGCUCAGACUUUGGCGAAAACUACAUAUGCAGACAAUAGGAUGUAAAACUUAUACGGUACCAAUUUUGAUGCACCAGAUGCGCAUUUCGACAAAUAAUGUCUCUUCAGUACAAAAGUAAAAUAAUCUCAACCGAAAUGUUUGAAAUCCGAAAUAACAAUGAAGUUUUAGAGCUAUUAUAGGGAAAACAGUGUGCCAAAAAGUGGAGUCAAAUUUGUCUAAGGAUAAGAGCUAUGCAUGAGGGAGAUAAUCCUUAAUUUUGAAAUGAAUUUCUAAAUUUUAUAACAGCAAUUAAAUAUACAUCCGUAUUUUCAAGCUAGUAACGAAGUACUUAGCUACUGGGCUGUAGAGACCCUCGGGGACUAACAGUCCACCAGCAGAGGCAUCGACCCAGGGGUCAUAAUGUAAAACUUAUACGGUACCAAUUUUGAUGCACCAGAUGCGCAUUUCGACAAAUAAUGUCUCUUCAGUGAUGCUCAACCGAAAUGUUUGAAAUCCGAAAUAACAAUGAAGUUUUAGAGCUAUUAUAGGAAAAACAGUGUGCCAAAAAGUGGAGUCAAAUUUGUCUAAGGAUAAGAGCUAUGCAUGAGGGAGAUAAUCCUUAAUUUUGAAAUGAAUUUCUAAAUUUUAUAACAGCAAUUAAAUAUACAUCCGUAUUUUCAAGCUAGUAACGAAGUACUUAGCUACUGGACUGUAGAGACCCUCGGGGACUAACAGUCCACCAACAGAGGCAUCGACCCAGGGGUCAUAAUGUAAAACUUAUAGGAUGAAGCUCAAAGUGCUCAUUGGAGUUAUGAUCAAGUCACCUUACAUCCGAUUGUAGCCUACUAUCGUUGUCAAGAAUGUGAAGAGCCAAUGCAUGAAUCAUUCAUUUUUGUUUCUGGGGAUCAUAAACAUGACCAUCAUGCUGUUCACUACUUCACAAAGUUGGUGAAUGAGAUUCUGUUGUCACGUGGGUUUGCCAUUGAAACACAAAUACAGUUUUCUGAUGGAGCACCAACACAAUACAAAAGUAAAAUAAACUUUGUAGACAUGAGUUUGUGCCAAGAAGAGUUAGGAUUUCACAUUGAGAAGCAUUUCUUCGGAUCUAGACAUGGUAAAGGACCAUGUGAUGGGGAGGUAGGUGUUUUGAAAAGAUGCAUUAUUACUGGAGUAAAGACGAGAAUGCCAUGGAGUUUUACGAGUAUGGUAAAAACGAACUGUCACUUCCGAAGGAAGACACAAAUCAGCACAUUCAUCAAAAAAGGACAUUUAUGUUUGUAAAGGAUGGAGAGAUAGAUAGGGAAAAGAACAACAGACUGGGAAACAAGGCAGUGAAGGACACAAGAAUGACUCAUUGUUUUAGACCUGUAGCUCCAUAUGUCAUAACAUCAAGGGAAAGGAGCUGUUUCUGUGAUGUGUGUAGAUGUAUCAAUGGUACAUGUGAGGAGAAAUGCAGUAAUGAAUUGCUGACAGGAAAUUGGGUUGUUCAAAAUAUUUCCAAUAAAAGACGGAAUCGACCUGAUGGUGCAAAGAGAACUGUAACAGAAGCAGAGAAUGAAGAUGUUGGAAGUGAAGAUGGUGACAUUACAGAUGGUCAAAAUGAGGUUAACACAAAUGAGGAUGAAAAGGGGGAUAAUGGCAUGGUCAAUGUAAAUCGAGAUGACAUCACAGAUAACCUUGGCAACACAGAAAGUUUACAAAAUAUUCAGCAUGAAGAUAAUAUAGUUGGUCAGAUGGUGUAUGACCUAGAGAGUUCAGUUAACAUCAGAGGCCUAAGUGACAUCAUUGCUGAUAGACUGAAUCCAGACACAGAACCUGUUGAUUUUAGUGAUCUUAGUGGCAUGCUUGAGUUUGAUGAGAAAAUGGAUGUUUUUGUUGCUGAGGGCUUGGGACAGACAUCUCCACAAAGAGAGUCCAUAAUUCAUUCUGAUCAGCAAACAGAAUACAGAUCAAGGAAGUUUGUGGGGGUGAAUACCUUCUCCAAUUUAUGCAGCGGAAAGGAGACUGAUUUUAUUGGCCCUUUGUGGAUGACUUCUCUUGGGAGCCAUAUGAUAGCAUACAUCGACUUUUGCCAAUACCUGUUUUAUCCAAGCAGUCUUCCUCUAGAAGAGAAUUAUUUGAAUUUUGAAACAUUCACACUCGCUCAUACUAUUCAAAAUUCAUACUGCUGUUGCAUUGAAAUAAAUGUUUUUCUGUCCGCUGAAAAAAUUGUGUCUGUGUUACUUCCAUAA